AUGUGCCUGACUAGAACAGGUACAUGCUCAAAAGAGAUAAAGAAAUUAAGUUGGGCCAGGCCAGGCACAGUGGCUCACACCUGUAAUCCUAGCACUUUGGGAGGCCAAGGCGGGCAGAUCACGAGAUCAGGAGUUCGAAACCAGCCUGUCCAACAUGGCAAAACCCCAUCUCUACUAAAAAUACAAAAAUGGCGGGUGCCUGUAGUCCCAGCUACUCCGGAGGCUGAGGCAGGAGAAUGGCAUGAACCCAGGAGGCGGAGCUUGCAGUGA